UGCUGGAAUCUUAGAAAUCUUAAAAAAUUAAAAAGUAAAUUAAUGAAAAUAAUAGUAAAUAAGCUAAUUAGACACUGCAAAGCACAUAAUUCUUAAAGAUAAGAGAAGAAAUAAUAUUACUAAGUUGAAUUAGACAUCAGAAAACAUUUUAAAUCAAUAGAAAUGCCGACAAUCAUUUGUUUAGAUGUUUCAUUAUCCAUGACAAGAAUUGCUUAUACCAAUAGAGACAAUCAAGAAAUAACUUACAGUCAACUUGCAGUCACAGGAAUUAAUGAAUAUCUCGAUUAUCUUACUAGACACAAAUCUAUGGAAUUUGUAUCACUUCUAUAUACUGAAUUAAAGUACAGGAGAAUCAAUUGCUUUGAUCUAUCAUUCUUAACAUAUACCGGUGAAAUCAAUGAAGAGAAUUAUCCAAGAGUAAUAGUAACUGAAACAGACGAAACGUCAAAAGAAGAAGAAGAAUAUAAUGAGGGAAAUUCAUUGCCUGUAAAAUUCGAGUUUGAUGUAGAAUACCUAAAAAGUCUUGAUCCAAAAGCUUGGAAAGAUCAAGAUCAUUAUGCUGUAUUAGGAUUGAAAGAUUUCAGAUAUAAUGCAAGCGAUGAUGAUGUACGAAGAGCAUACCGAGCAAUUGUAUUGAGACAUCAUCCAGACAAGAGAAAAGGCCAAGGAGAAAAUGUCGAUCCAGAUAAUGACUACUUUACAUGCAUAACACGAGCCUAUGAAUUUUUAGGAGUUCAACCAAAACGACGUAGCUAUGAUUCUGUUGAUCCUUAUUUUAAUGAUGAUUUACCGACACAGAAUGAGAUUGAUAAGGAUUUCUUUGAAGCAUUAGCACCAGUUUUUAAGCUUAAUGCUCGUUGGAGUGAGAAAAAAAGAGUCCCAUUAUUAGGAACAAUGGAUAGUAGCCGUAAACAUGUAGAGAAAUUCUAUGAUUUUUGGUAUGACUUCCAAUCGUGGCGUGAAUACAGUUAUAUGGAUGAAGAAGACAAGGAAAAAGGUCAGGAUCGUGAUGAGCGACGUUGGAUCGAUAAGCAAAAUAAGGUAAUGAGAACAAAACGUAAAAAGGAAGAAAUGGCAAGAAUUAGACAACUCGUUGAUUUGGCAUACAACAAUGAUCCGCGUAUUGUUAAAUUUAAAAAGGAGGAAAAGGAUAAGAAAUUAGCAGCAAAGAAAGCCAAACAGACAGCAGCACAGGCAUUAAAACAUUUAGAAGAUCAACAAAAACGUGAAGAGGAAGCAGCUAAACUUAAGGCUGAACAGGAAGAACAAAAACGUAUUGUCGAGAUACAAAAGGAAAGAGAAUUACAGAAACGUGCCUUAAAGAAAGAACGUAAAGUCUUAAGAGAUCUUGCUAAAUCUCAAAAUUAUUUCACAAAGGAAGAUAAUGACCUAAUUAAAAACAUUGAGAAUGUAGAAAAGCUCUGUGAAGCUUUAAAGCUCCUAGAAUUGCAAGAUCUCAAUAAGAAAUUAAAUGAAGAUCCGGUAAAUACCGUUGAUGUUUUCAAUUUUGCAGUAAAUGAGUUGGAAAAGCAAUUGGAUGAGGAACGAACGAGAAGUUUACAAGGAAAUUAUAUCAAUUCACUCGGCAAGAACACAAAUAAUCCACUGACGAAUAAGAAAGCUUUAUGGAAUAACGACAAUAUUCAAUUAUUAAUUAAAGCUGUUAAUUUAUUUCCUGCUGGAACCAAUCAACGUUGGGAUGUUGUUGCUAAUUUCAUCAAUUUACAUGCUAAGAAUUUACCAGAAAAUGUCAAAUUUAAUUCAAAGGAAGUUCUGAAUAAGGCAAAGGAUAUUCAGUCAAGUGAUUUCUCAAAGAAUGACUUAAAAUUCCAAGUUAAUCAAAAAGCUUUUGAAUCAUUCGAAAAAGGCAAAAAAGAAUUAAAAAUUGUUGACAGAUCAGAUAUUAGUGAAAAAGAUCCAGGCACGCCAGCAGUAAAUGGAACUGCCGCACCAAAGCAACCAAUUAAGGAAGUUAAGGAAUUAAAAGAGGUCAAGGAAACCAAAGAAGCUAAGCCUUGGACAAAAGAAGAGCAAACGUUACUAGAACAAGCCAUUAAAACGUAUCCAGUAUCAACGCCUGAUCGUUGGGAUAGAAUUGCUGAAUGUAUUCCAAAUAGAAACAAGAAAGAAUGCUUAAAGCGAGUCAAGGAACUUGUAGAUCUUAUAGUUUAUAGCACAUUAUAUGAUGUUCUUGUGGAUUUUACAAAGGACUAUUCACAAAUUCGCCAAGUUUUAACGAAAAUUGAGCAUUAUGACAAGACCUGCUUACUUAAUGUUCUAGCUGCAUGCAAUAAACAGCUCAGCACUAAUUGGGGAACUCAGAGCUAUUCACAGAUUCUCUUUGUGACUGAUCUAGGAGUUGGAUUAGGGAAAAAUUCAAUAAAAAGUUUAAUUAACGGUAAUGGAACAUCUAAUGAACCACCUCCAUUGCCACUUCCAAUGCCGAGUAAAGUUUCAGUCCUGUGUAUUGGAAAUGAAGAUGAUCCGGGCUUCAAACACGGAUUGAUUUUAUAUCAGCAACUGCUUGAUACUUCAAAGCAAAAAGGACAACUUUUCAUACCUAAAUUCUCAGAAAGUAAGACAUUGAAUGAAAGAGCAGUCAAUAAAAUGUUCAAACAGAUGUGCGAGGUUAAUUUCAAACCAUUUGAAGCCACAUUAAGCAUGGGUUCAUAUUUUAAAUUAGAAUCGCAGAUUUCCUUAUUCCCUGAACCCUUUCCAUACAUAAUUAAAGACGUUUUUGGAAGUGAGACAUCGAGAAUGAUUUCAAAGAGACUUGAAGUUUGUGGAUAUAUAAAAAUUGCAGAUAUUGUUGGAUCUGGUGGUUCCCCAGCAUGUGUUAGUCGACAUUUAGUCUUUCCAAGGAUUGAUUCAUCACAAAAGAAAACCACUUCGGAACUACAAAAAUUAGACACCGAAAUAAAGCACUUCUUUGGUAAAAAUGACGAUGAUGAAAGCUCAAGUUCGUCUGUAUCUGAGGAAUCAGCUUGUGUUUUACUUCAUGGAGCAUUAAAAGUUGAGAAUAUGGCUGCACUUGUCCUAAUUGCUGAUGAUUGGUAUGGAUUUCUAUAUAGCUAUGCUGACAAAAAGAAAUCAAAUUUAUUGCUAUCAAUUUUACAACCUGGAAAUAAUCCAAUCCCAUGGAUAGGUGAUUUUAGAUUCCUUGGAUUUCAAUUAGAUGCUUUGCCUGGCGAGACUUAUGGAUUUCCUGUUAAAACUGAAAAGAAAAGCUAUUCAUCAUCAUCGAACAUAAUCUCAUGGAUACGUGAAUCAGCACUUCAAGCCGACAUCCAAAAAAUCCUUCGUCAUGCUAAAAAAAUGCCAGAAAAAACUUCACAUUUCUACAAGGAGUUAAAUAGGAUCAGAAGAAAUGCUCAGUCAUUGGGCUUUAAUGAACUUAUUGAUGUGUUGGCUGAUAUUUUUGAGAAGGAAGCUCAAAUGAUGGUUGGAAAUCAGGAAAGUUGUAUUCAAUUGAGAUUUGCAGCUAGUGAAUUACGCAGAAGCGAUCGUGAUGUAAUCAAAAAGUUCGAAGCCUAAAUUGUGCAUAAUAAGGCUUUUUGAUGAUCAUACUCUUAUUUUUGAAGAGGUUUAAGUUUAGAAUCAAUAAAUGGAUUACUUUACGGUAUUUUAAAUUUCAAAUAUUUUAACGGUUUUAAACUUUUAAAUAUUUC